AUGUCGAAAAAUAAGUUAGAAUGUUGCUUACGGUUGCCUAACUCUAAAGAAGUGAUUAAAUGUCAAAACUGCAAGAAAAAUUAUCACUACGCAUGUGUAAGUACCACAACGAUUCCGUACAAUGAAUUGACGAGCGAAUAUAAAAACAGUUGGCUCUGCCCUGCUUGCUCUAGACCAAGAUCCGACAACACAACCACGCCAAUAAGAAAUAACCCAUCUUACAAUAGUGUACCAAAGCCAGUGGACGAAACUCAAGACAACUGUCAAAUGUCUGUUAGACGUGAGGAAGCAGGAACAUUGCGCGAUACAAUGAAUAGCGAAAGUCUAUCGGAAAACGAGAGACAAGAUGAAUUAAAAGGCGAUGAAGUGGUUAUAAGUGGAAUAUCCGGAAUAUUUCCGAAAUCUGAUUGCGUUCUGGAGUUCAUGGAGAAUUUAUAUAAUAAGGUUGACAUGGUGGUCAGUGUCGAUCCACAUUAUGCCCAUCCAGAUAUACCACAUCAUAUUGGAAGAAUAAAUGAACCGAAUAAAUUGGAUGCUCAAUUUUUUAAAGUCACGUUCAACCAAGCCAUGACGAUGGAUCCUAUGUGCAGAAAGUUAAUGGAACACUCAUAUAGUGCUAUUUAUGAUGCUGGAAUCAACCCACUCACGUUGGACGGUAAAAAAAUUGGUGUAUACGUAGGAAUGGCUUACUUGGAUAUCAUUAAACUUUUUAUGGACAAAGACACCUAUGCAAAUUCAUUUUUUCUUAGUGGCUCAUCCAAAACAAUGUUGGCAAAUCGCAUAUCAUAUUAUCUCAAUACAAAAGGCCCAUCUUACGCUAUUGAUGCAUCUACCGCUAGUUCAUUACUAUCCUUAGAACAAGCUUAUCAACAUCUACUUUCUGGUGAAAUUGAAUCUGCCAUUGUUGCUGGAUCUAAUACUUGUAAACAGCCAACAUUAAGUGUUAAUUUGAGGAGAGCAGGACUUGUAUCUCUUGAUGGUAAAACAAAAUGUUUCGAUGAAAACGGGGAUGGCAGCGUCAGAUCAGAAGCAGUCAGUGUUGUAUUUUUACAAAAAGCUAAGGAUGCAAAAAGGAUUUAUUCUCAAGUAUAUCACGUGAAAAGCGGUUAUUCUAAACCAGACAUUAAUUGUUUUCCUAAUCGUGAAGAAAAUGAUAUUUUAAAAUUCUUGCAAGAGUUCUAUUCUGAAAUUGACGUGACACCCUCUGCCGUUGAAUAUGUAGAAGCAAACGCUCCUGGCAUUGCAUCUCGCGAUAAAGUGGAACUUAAAGCAAUUAGUAGAUUUUUUGGAGAUAAAUCACCAGUUAAAGUUGGAAGUGUGAAGUCUAAUAUGGGGAACAGCGAGGGAGCCUCCGGCAUGUGCUCAUUGACUAAGGUAUGUCUAGCAUAUCAUACUGGAACUAUUGCUGCUAACAUUAACUGUUCAAAUCUUAUGGAAACUGAGAAGGCAGUUAUAUUAAAAGAAAACGUACCAUUUAAUAGAGGAUUCGUUGCCAUAAAUGAAUUCUCAUAUACCGGAAUAGAUGCUCACGCUCUCCUUAAAGGAUAUUAUAAACCAAAGGAUCACGAUCGUUACAAAUGCAGUAUACCUUAUUUAGUAUUAAUUUCUGGAAGGGAUGAGGACUGUGUAAACCAUCUUUUUGAUAUUUUACAAAGCUAUCCGGUGGACCCUGAAUAUGUAGGGAUGUUACACCAAAUUCAAAAUUGCGAAAUUAAAGGGCACACGUCGCGAGGAUUUAUUAUACUAGAUGGUAAUGCAAACCGACAAUCAGAAGCACUGUCAAGAAGCAUAAACUAUCAUGCAGGAAACAAACGACAAAUUUGGUUUAUGUUUAGUGGCAUGGGAUCACAGUGGGUUGGUAUGGGAGAAGCCCUGAUGCGGAUACCAAUAUUUAAUGAAGCAAUUCAAAUAUGCGACAAAGUUCUUAAACCUAAAGGAUUAGAUAUUAUAAAAAUAAUAUGUGAUAAAGAUGAUACUAUUUUUGAUAAUAUUCUACACUGUUUUGUGGGUAUCGCUGCAGUACAAAUCGGUCUCGUGGAUAUAUUGAAAGCCGUUGGAAUAGAAUGCGAUUAUAUGAUUGGUCACAGUGUCGGUGAAAUAGUAUGUGGGUAUGCCGACGGAUGCUUUACUAGAGAAGAGCUGAUCCUUUCUGCGUAUAGCCGAGGGAAAACGUCUUUAGAAACCAAUUUUAUCCCGGGUGCUAUGGCGGCCGUAGGAAUGGGGCAUAAAGAUUUAUACCCAAUAUGCCCUGCAGAGAUUGAAGUCGCUUGUCAUAACAGCUCUGAAUCGUCGACUAUAUCAGGACCAGCUGACGAUGUCGCACAGUUUCUCAAAGAAUUGACAGCGAAGGGAAUAUUUUGUAAAGAGGUGUCGUGCAGUAACAUUGCCUUCCAUUCUCGGCACAUUAGUGUAGCUGAGACAGAAACAACACCCCAGAAUUUUGAUACAAUGCAGUUUGGACCAUCCUAUUUUUGCAGCAAAAAAAAAGAUGUCAAAAAUUUACUUAUCAAACAAUUUGGAGAAAACUGGGAAUCGCUGCCUGAAUUAGAGUGGUACAAAAGACUUUUAUGUAAAACAGUUCCUACAUUAUCACAAAAUAAAGAAGAAAAGGAUGAUGAUGAAGAAUCACCAACUCUAAGAAACUAUUUGAAUGAGGUCAUCAAAGAACCAAAAUUGCGAAGCAGUAAAUGGCUAUCUACAUCAGUGCCACAAAAUAGAUGGGAAGAACCCAUUGCUAAAUUUUCAUCUCCUGAAUACUUCACCAACAAUUUACUGAAUUAUGUAUACUUUGAAGAAGUAUUACAACAUAUUCCGUCUGACGCGGUAGUUAUUGAAAUUGCACCGCACGGCUUACUUCAAGCAAUUUUAAAACGUGAGCUUAAAGACUGUUUACAUAUUCCUUUGACGAGACGAGGACAUGAAGAUCAAGUGAAAUUUUUACUUGAAGCAAUUGGAAAAAUUUACGAAGCCGGAUAUAAUGUAAAGAUUGAUGCUUUGUAUCCAAAAAUUGAAUAUCCUGUUUCUACCGGAACUCAAUUUCUAUCGCAUUUAGUUAAAUGGGAGCAUAGUGAGGACUGGUACGUAUUCGAACGUUCCGAACAAAUGGUUGUUUCAACUAGGAAUCGUGAUAUCGUUAUUUCUCUUAUUGAUGAAGACUAUGCAUGUAUCAAGGAUCAUGUGAGAGAUGGUAUGAUAAUUUUACCUGAAAGCGCUAUACUAGUAUUGACGUGGCAAACGUUGGCUAUGUCGAUGGAUAUGAAUUUCGAGGAUCUUUCAGUAAUAUUCAAGGAUAUAAAUUUCAACAAACAAGUAGAAUUAAAACCAGAAAACUUACUAAAUCUUAGCAUUUCUAUAACAAAGAAGAAAGGCAGAUUCGAGGUAGUUUAUAACAAUGAAAUAAUUGUAACUGGUUACAUAGUCGAAUAUGAAGAUGAUCCAAUGAGAAAAGUUAACCAUUCUAGCGCCAACACAAUUAACGACGUAACUUUGUUUGCAGCAGAUAUUUACAAAUUCCUUAACCUUCGAGGUCACGUUUAUACAAACCAAUUUCAAUCUCUUCAUUCGUUAAACCUUAAAUGCAAUGAAGCAUACAUAAAUUGGACUGGUGAUUGGAUCACGUUCCUUGAUGGCUUAAUACAGAUCAACAUAUUUGCAAAUAAACACAAUGGUGUCUCUAGACCGAAACUUAUAGAGAGUUUGACUAUUGAUAUUUUUGAGCACGCCAGAGGACAUUACAAAUCUAACAUUGAUGGCGCUAUUUGCUAUAAAGCAGACUAUUAUGAAAACUUUAAUAUUCUAAGAAGUGGCGGUGUUCAAGUUGUGAAUGUUAAUUUUGAAAAUCUUAUCCCUCAGCGGGUCGAAUCUGAUUUUUUAGGCUCGUUACAGUUUUGGCCACACUUUUCAGAAACUGAAGUCGAAUUAAAUGCAGCUAUCGCAAUAAAUAUGCAAAUUAUUGCUGAUGCUACUUUGCAAAGGGACAUCAAAAUAACAGAGCUUAGAACAUCAAACAUAAAUAUCAUAUCAAAUGCUAUAAAGGACGUAUCAACUCAGUUCUCUAUAAAACUAAGAUUUAAUCAUAUCAAUAUUGAAAAUGGAAAACUAAAUCUUCUGAGGAAACAUGAUUUAUCUCAGUCAGAAGUAUUAGUAGUUUAUGACUUUGUAAUGGAUAUCGAGAUGAUGGCUGCAAUAUAUGAUCAGCUACCAAGCAAUGGAUUUGUUUUUUCGUUAGAAAAAAUAAAAAAUAAAAAAUACAUCAUUCAAACUGACUAUUUUAAUAUUUUAACUGUAUUUCCUACUUAUCACGACUAUACAUUAGUUUUAUUAAACAAAGUUGAAAUUAAUCAAGAUGUAAAAGACAAAGUUGUUGUAAAAGUUGAUGAUGAUAGCUACUCUUUUAUGAAUACAUUAAAAAAGGAGCUUAACAAUAAUAAGAGCAUUGUACUACUUUACGAAAAACAAAACUAUUUUGAUCUAAAGGGUUACUUGAGAGGGCUACGGGAAGAAUAUCGAAACAAAAUUAGUUUGUACAUGAUACUAGAUGAAGGAUCGCCAGAUUUUAAUCUUGACAUUAAUUUCUACAGUAAACAGCUGCAAAAGAAUGUAUCAUUUAACACACUGUAUAAUGGUGAAUGGGGAGGAUACUAUUACACAACGUUCAAUAAUUACAAAGAUAUUCCCAAAAAUUCUAAACUUAGUCUAACAGAAUUUGGAAACAUAAAUAGUGUGCACUGGGAGGAGAUAGACAAUCUGAAUAAAUCUAAUAAUAAUGUUGAGGUGCAAUAUGCAGGAUUAUCAUUAAAAGAUGUAGAAAAAGUAUUCUGGAGACCAGUUAAUAACAAAAAAAUAUCUUUUGGUAUGGACUUUAGCGGUUUUGAUGCUAGGGGUAAUCGGGUGAUGGGAAUCAUUGCCGAUGGUGCAAUUUCUAAGGAAAUUGAAUAUGAUUUAGAUUUACUUUGGCCCGUUCCAAAAACUUGGUCUUUAGAAGAAGCUGCUACAGUUCCUCUACCGUACGCCCUCGCCUUUUAUUCUCUGGCACUUAGAGGAACUUUGUAUGCAGGAACAACAGUUUUUAUUAAUGGUGGAGCUGGAGCACUUGGACAGGCCGUAAUAUCGAUAUGUCUAAGUUUAAAUUGUAAUAUAUUUACCACAGUUAGCGAUCUUGGCAAGAAAGCGCAUCUACUUAAGCUAUAUCCUACAUUAAAAGAAAAUCAAAUUUUAAAUUCAAGAUAUGAUGACUUUUAUGCAUCUAUUAUCAGGCAAACCAACAACAAGCGGUGCAACUAUGUAAUCAACUGCGAAAGCGGUAUAUUCCGCAAUUCUACGAUAAAAUGCCUAUCACCUUUUGGCACCUAUUUAGAUUUAUCUAAUAAGAAUAUGAUAGACAAUAAACCUUUGGGCAUGAGCUUCGCAGCCGAAUUUAAAUAUUACUAUAGUGUGAAUUUUUCUAAUAUUUUUAAACCGGAAUAUACACAUGAAAAAAAAAUAUUACAAUCAAUGAUAGCAGAUGGCAUCGCUACGGGAGUCGUUAGACCACUAACUUACACCAUGUUCUCAUCUUCCGAAGUACCCAGGGCCUUCAAGUUUUUAUCUUCUAGAAGACAUAGAGGAAGGGUUCUGUUUGAUUUAAGAAAUUCGCUAAAUAACAAUGUGAUGCCAAGGCUUGUAUUAAAUCCUCAUUUUGCAUAUGUCGUAGUAGGAGAUCAAGAUGAAUUAUGUGUUAGUUUAAUGGAUUUAUUAAUAAAACGUGGUGCAAAGAAAAUUUACUUACAAAUGAGAUCCAAAGCUGUUUCUCCGUUCAUAGAGGCUAAGAUGUUACUAUGGAGGACUCAAGGCAUAGAGGUAAAAGUAAGCCGAUAUGGAAUUGAGGACGAAGAAAAAUGUAAACUUUUUAUCAGUGACGUCGCAAAAUUAGGCCCAAUUGAAGGCAUAUUUAUUGUUCUGUACAAACUAGCUGCUCCAGCAUAUACAAAUGUGCCAACAUCAAUAUCUAAUUUGGAUAAAUUAUCAAGAAACAUGGAUUACCUUAGAUACUUUGUAAUACUAUCAAGUAAUGUUAACAGUUCGGAAGAUGAGCGUGUGUUCUCAAUGUGCAGUAAAAUAUGUCACUAUCGUAAUAACAUUGGUUUGAAUGCUCUUCUAUAUCGAGCGGAAUUCGUAGAUGAGUUCGGUCUUGGAAAAAAUCAAAAAACGUACCAAUCGAUACACCAAGUUUUAAAUAGCAUGGAAAAUAGUAUAAAACAAAAUUGUUGCAAUGUGAUAUCAUAUAAUACAAACAAAAAUUCUAAGAUGGAAUAUUCAAGAAAAUUAAAUGACAUUUUAGGCAACCAAAGAAAUGGAAUUGAGUUAGAUGUUGAUGCAUCAUUACACGAUAUUGCAAUAGAUAAGCUCACUAUAAAAAAAAUAAGAGGUUUAAUUUUAGAACACUAUCAAGUUGCAGUAUCUGAGAGAAAACUUAUGCAAAUGUCUCUAUCCAGUAUCCAGAAUGUUGAAUACUAUUUAGACGAAUUAAAGAACAACAUUGGGCUUGAUGCAAUAAUCUCGUACGUCAAUGAUGAUUCUCAUGAAGCAUGUGAUUCAUUCAAACAAAUGUUAACGUUGACUAAUAAUAUUCCAGAGAAACACUUUGACAUGGAAAAUGUUGACCCUGUAGCUGAUUAUUUGAUUUUGAUUCCUGGUUUUGAAGGCGAUUGUAGCGUGUUUCAAUCUUUAUGCUCCACUCUCAAAAUUAAAGCAAUAACUGUCCAACUUGGACCAGAUUUGGCAGCAAAUACUAUAUCAGAAAUGGCUGAAAGUGUAUUGAAGAAUGCAGUUAUAAGAUUAGAAGAAAAGAAUAAAUUUUAUCUCUUGGGAUAUUCGUUUGGUGUUAAUAUUGCUUUGGAAGUUGCAGCAUUAUUAGAAAAGAAAGGUAUCGUUGGUACAGUUUUUUGCCUAGAUAGUAGUCCAGAUGCAUUACGUGUACAACUAAAUGCGUAUACCAGCAAUUUGGCAGACGAAAAAUUACAAAACGUACUAAUCGAUCAUAUUUAUUACUUAAUAACUAAGGAAACAAACAACCAACUUCAAGAAGAAAUAAAAACAAUUAACACGUUUGAAGAAAAAGUUAAGGCAUUUGUUAUAGCAACAAAAGAACGUGUGCCAUAUCCACAAGAAUAUAUCAGACUAAGUGUAGAAUCAGUUUAUAAUAGAAUUUUACUGGCUUUGAAGUAUAACCCUACAUUUACGCUCGAAUCUGAAAUAGUUUUGCUAAAAGCGAUCAAUGAUUCAAAUGCUGAAGUUUUACCAUACGAUUAUAAUUUGGCCAAAUAUACCAAAAAACCAGUUAAAGUAGCAAAUAUUGAAUCGAACCAUACUACAUUGCCAUUUAAUGUUAAUGUGCCGAAUAUAAUAAAUAAAAUGCUUGACAAGGACUUGCUGACAAAAUAUAAAAACACCAAUCUUUGCAAAACUUAUUUGAUUAAUAAGAAG